AUGGAACACAAUUACUGCAAUUACCAAUCACAACAUAAUCCACGCAUCAACACAUGCACAUAUAUGGUAAUAUAUAAAUAUUUGAAUAAUAACACAAAAUAA